GGGGAAGAAGCAGCAGCAGCAGCGGCCCCGAGAGAGAGAGAGAGAGAGCGCCCAGCCCUGGAGCGACGCCAUGCCUUUGCAAAGAUAAUGUUAGAUGUUGCCCCAGGGCGAAUUCCCAUGUUGGUAGCUGAGGUGAUCAGGUGACCAGGAAAGGGAAGAGAAGGUGGAGAUGGAACUGCCAAAUCAUGCCAAACAUUUGCUCCUGCAGCUUAACCAGCAACGAGCCAAAGGUUUCCUUUGCGAUGUGAUCAUCGUUGUCGAAAAUGCCCUCUUCCGUGCCCACAAGAACAUCCUGGCAGCCAGCAGCAUGUACUUCAAGUCCCUCAUCUUGCACGACAACCUGAUCAACUUAGAUACUGACAUGGUCAACCCGACCGUGUUCCGGCAAAUCUUGGACUUUAUUUAUACUGGUAAGCUCUUAAUGACCGACCAGCCUGGUGAACAGAACUUUAAUGCUCUCCUCACCGCAGCAAGCUACCUCCAACUUCCUGACCUGGCGGCCCUUUGUAGGAAGAAGCUCAAACGCAGCGGGAGGUCCUUCGCUGGCCGGGCUGGUGGAGCCUCCAGCGUUGGGCGGCCGCCUCGGAGUCAGAGACUCGCCACCGCUUCAGUCAUUACUCGUUAUUCAGGGUCAACCGAAGGGAUGAAGGGCUCUCAGCCGAAGGAGAUGCCAAAGGCGAAGGUCUCAGAUGAUGAGGUCUUCAUGAACAGUUCCAACCAAGAGAAUUCUCACGCCUUGAGUAGGGGACUGGGAGAGGGAAGCAACAGCACCAACGGGAGCUGUGUGGACCAGGAACUUGGGCUGGAUCUGUCCAAAAAAAGCCCCUCCCUGCCCACUGUAGCCGCCCAAGACGACACCCCACACAGCGAGAGUCAGCGUGGCUCCCCCCGGCCCGCCUCAGCCCCUACCGCCAACAGUGCCUCAUCGUUCGAAGAGUCCAUCUCUGGAGCCCCUCCCUCCCUAAUAGACAACUGUGAGCCCAUGGAGAUGGACCUCAGUGAAGACCGCCAGUGUCUCCCCGAAGGCAACCAGCGAAAGAGCCUACGCCAUUCCUCGCGCAAGAAAGAAUGGAUCAAGAAGGAUUGCCCCUUCGACCGGAAGGAAGGCGGGGGCAAAGGCUGCGAGGAGGGCGAGGGGUUACCCAACGGCAUCCUGAUGGGCCCCUUGUGCAAGUCUGCAGAGCGCAGCCUAGGCCUGAGCCCCUACGGCCCGGAGCCGCCUUUGCACGCCUGCAAAGAAGACGUGGAGAAUGGCAAAGAGAACAGCGAGGACAGCGGUCAGAGUGAAAGCGAGAACGGCGGGCACAGCAGCGCCAACUACGUCUACCGGCAGGAAGGCUACGAACCGGUGGCCUUCGGGGACAACUUGUACGUCUGUAUCCCGUGCGGGAAGGGUUUCCCCAGCUCGGAGCAGCUCAACGCCCACGUGGAGAAACACACGGAAGAAGAGCUGUACAUCAAGGAGGAAGGGACGUUUGAGGAUAAAGAAGAGGAGGCCGAGGAUUUAUCAAACCCCAACCAGCCCUACACCUCGGAAUCGCGGCCGUUCAAGUGCUCGGUUUGCGAGAAGAGCUACAAAGAUCCCGCCACCCUCCGGCAGCACGAGAAGACUCACUGGCUGACGCGGCCCUUCCCUUGCAACAUCUGCGGCAAGAUGUUUACCCAGCGGGGCACCAUGACUCGGCACAUGCGCAGCCAUUUGGGACUCAAGCCCUUCGCCUGCGAGGAGUGCGGGAUGCGCUUCACCCGGCAGUACCGGCUGACCGAGCACAUGCGCGUCCACUCAGGGGAAAAGCCCUACGAAUGUCAACUGUGCGGCGGGAAAUUUACCCAGCAACGAAACCUCAUCAGCCACUUGAGAAUGCAUACCUCUCCUACAUGAAGCCAAAGUCUCUCCAAGGAGCUCUGAGCCCCUCCAACCCACCCACCAUAAAUAUCCCUUAGACUUGCUGCUUUAAAAACAGACUAUACAAACAAGGGACGUUCGACUCCCCACUUCAGUCAUGGAAGGCGUGAACCAAACAGAGCUUUACUUUCUUUCUUUCUUUCUCCUCCUCCUCCCCCUCAUCUUUUCCCCUUCCCCUCUUCCAAAGGAAAAAAAAGAAACCCCAGCCCCAAUUUAACUUUCAGACUCCUUCCCUUUGUAUCAGCUUUUCUCUCAGGGCCUGUGGGGUUAAAAGUGGAGCAAGGAACGCCGUUGGAGGUGACGUGGAACCUCCGAGGAUCUCCACCGUAGGGAAUGAGGGGUAGUCUAAGCCAGAGGUCUCCAACGUUGGCAACUUUAAACGUUGGCGGACGUCAACUCCCAGAAUUCCCCAGCCAGCAGACCACCCUUCAUUCCUCCAGGCUUAAAGUUGCCGACGUUGGGAGACCCCCCCUGGCCUAAGGAAAAAUCCUUCCUGGUUGACGCCAACUCAAAUUGAGGUCCCCCACAGAAAAGGGAGAGGAGGGGGUAAGAUGGUCUUCGUCAGGGAAGCAAGGGUCGGCCCCUCGCUCCCUCGGUUUACUUUUUUCUUAGCACUUUUUGGAAUUGCUACGGUCGAUACUUCCACAGUAUUAUUUGUCUUUUUUCUGACGCAACUCCCAAGAAAUACCCUUUAGCGGCCCGUGGGUGGCCUUUUUGGGUUUUGUUUUUUUUCCCCGCUUCUUUAAUCCUUUUUGGGGGUUCGGGGUGGGGGUUUAGUUUUUACAACGGACCUGGUUUUUAAAUGGAUGGUUGUCCCUCAAAGCAGCAAUGGGAGACGUUCCUUGCCAACGGAGACCACUCUGUUCUUUCUUCAUGCUGUCCUUCGGGAAGGCGGUGGGCCUCUGAAGAACAAAUGACAUUUCCGUGGCCUUGUCUCCGCCCGACCCCCCUCCCCAUUUCCACCUAGGAAGGUUUUCUUCCAACUGUCCCUUCUCCCAUCAGGUUCUGAGGGAAGAGCUGGUCCGCCUUAACCAUCACACCCCGCCUAGUCUUCAACCUCUUCUGAUCCCCAACUUACCUCAACCUCUUUUGAUCUCUCUAGCCUUAUCCAUGACUGAAUGAGGGUGGUGGUGGUGGAGGGGGCUGAGGGACACCCCACCCACCCCAGGAAUUUCUUUCAAAUGAGCAGGGGUCAUAUCUGUGUUAAUUUCCUUCUCCCCCCUCCCCUUUAGUUUUUUGUAUGGAUUUUUUUUUUUUUUUUUUUGCUUAGAGGUACUUGUUCUAUUAAGAGGAAAACGAUGCGUUUGUUCAUAAUUGAUGUCAGUGUCAGAACUGGAAAGCUUGAGGGGGACUUCGGGUGGGCAGCCGGAAUUGAAGUAGGCUGGAAAAUGGCGACAAGUUCCUUUUAGGUACCUUUUCAUUUUUUUUUAUUUUUUUAAAUUUUUAUUUGGGGUGCACGUGUGUGUGUUAUGUGUGUGUCUGUCUGUCUGUUUGCACGCCUGCACCGGGUGGGGGGGGGUGUAUGCGUGCACUUAGCUUUUUUUCCUCCUUCACUAAAGAGUUGGGUCAGAAUGGCAGGGCCCACUUCCUUUUCUACCUCUUGAAUUCACACGAACAAUAAGAUGGUUAGCGGAAAUAAUUAGGUGUGGUGUUUUCUCCCGCCCCCCCCCCCAGCCCUCUCCCCCUCCCCACCUAUCCCCAGUUGUAAGUUAGUGUACAAAGUAGAAAUUAAGGUUAAGGGAUUUUUGCCACCUCAUUUUUUCCGUUCAGAAAGUCAGAAAUGCAUAAAGCAUGGCCAAAGACAAUAAAGUAGUUUUUUUGUUUUUUUUUAAAGCUGGAAGUCCAGAGAAGAUAACGCGAUGCCACCAAAUCGUUGGGGUUUCUGUCCACAGAAAAUACAAAAAAACCAAACACCCCCCCCCCUUUUUUUUUUUUUUUUAGAAAAGAGCUUUUGGGUAGCCUUGUUUAUUGAACCUGGAUGCCGUGGCGGGGCAAAAGCUCCAUUUUUCCAUGGCUUGUCUCUUCGAUGGGCUCCAGUUGAGACAGUCAACGGCGAAGCCGUUGGUCCCGUCAGGAUCCAGAGCGCAAUAAGAAUGUGGAGAACCCAACCAAAGUCUUUCGUUCCCUUCCUUUGGGGUGGGGGGGUAGUAGGGAUGUCGACCUGGGUAUGUGCUCGUUCCACCUUCGUUCUUAAAAGGGAUGCACAACAGGUGCACGUCAGUGGUGGGUUGCUACCGGUUCGCGAACCAAUGGUGGCGGCAGGAGUCUCUGCCCACCUGCCCAGACGUCAUCAAAAACGCUCUGCGCACGCGCGGGACCUUCUACGCAUGCGCAGAAGCGCCGUGCACUCGUGAAGCGAGCUCGCAAGUCCGCGCGCUACCGAUAGCGAACCCAUAGCGCCGGGAUUUGAAACCCACUACUGGUGUACGUGUUGAGGUUGGGGCCACCGGGAGAUUGAACAGCCAUGCACUUGUCUGUCAAAAGACCUCACCGCCAACAGCUGCUAUAGGUGUAGGAGAUGCGGGCCCUCAACUUCGUUGGCACGACCAGUUGUGGAAAGUGAUGGCUGAGCCCCCCAACCCCGAACGGUUGGUCUCGGGUGGUUAAAAAAAACAAAAACCCACGACUCUCUCUUUGAGUCUGGAAUGGAGUAAGGUUUACAUUUUCCCGUCCCUCUGCUUUAACUUCCUUGCUUGAAAACCAUUGUUCUGUUUAUGAUUGUUUAUGAUGAUGAUGAUGGUUAAUAUGAUGAUGAUGAUGAUGAUCAUUAUGGUAGGGGUCACCAAAGCGCCCUAUGUCUUUUUUUUUUCUUUAAAAAAAAAAAACAAAAAGGAAAAAACACACCUUUUUUGUCUUUAAGUUUAGACCAAAAAAAAGAAAAAAAAGAAAAAAUAAGUCAGCCUGUUCAAAUAAAAGAGAGAAGUUUGCAUUUUUCCGUUUUUGCCACCACCGUUAAGUGUUUUCCUCCUUUCUUCUUAGGAUAGAGACAAACCCAAGUUGAAUUAAGGGAGCCUAGACUCCCCGUUUCACUCAAUACGCCUUCCAACGACCAACCAAUGAGUCGUUAUGCAGGGAAAUUGGUCCUUUCUUUCCCUUCUUAAGGAUCUUUACCUCAAGUUUCAUUUUUCAAUUCCAUGCAUCUUCAAGUUCGGGCAUUUUUUUGUGUCAUGCCGCAGCUUGAUUUAAUCAUCUUUUUUUCUUUCUUUCUUUCUUGUGGGUCACUCAUUUUUGUCUUUCAUUUUUGUGGAACAUUAAUGUGAACGCUGUGCUCCCAACAGCCAUCUUCCUGUGAAUUCUCAUUUUUCUUUUGUUCCAUUUUUCAAAAACGUAUUCAUCAUUCCAUGGUUUUUUUUGUAGAACAAUGCAACACCCCACCAAUAACAACAACAACAACAACAAACCACCCAGGUCCCCAUCAACCUUUUCUUAAACUUUAUGCACAUAGCACUGCAACACACUUCCUAUUUCCAGAUAAUUGGUGAAGGCUUGGAGGGUGGAGACAGUUGCUUCUCAAUAGAGCUGUUUCCUCUCAUGCUAAGAAAGGUUUUUUGUUAGCAAAAGGGCUUCAGGCCAAGACCGCAAAGGUUUCAUGAGUCUAGGAGGCCCCAUACAAUGUCCCAGAUGUGUGUAGAACUUCUCAAUUUGGUGACUCGCACAGUGCAGCCACCGUCUGGCUUUUUGAGAGGAACCUCAAUAGAUGCUUCACUUCUGGUGGAAAACAAAGAACCUGCCCUCAAGCCAGCAUUUGUGGAUUAGUAGUUUGGUGGUAGAAAGCUUCAACGGAACUAUCCUUUGUGCUCAGGGGCGCAGAUCUAUAAUUUUCAAGAAUAUAAACCCCCACUUCCGUUCAUCUCCAAACUCUUGAGAUGCCUUCAAAAGCCAUGCCUUGGGCUAGCAAACUGUAGGGUCUAAAAUUGAGAGUUGAGGGUGAAUAUUUUGUUCCUACCUCACCAUCCUUUCAGAAAAAGGACACUUAAAUCACCGCCCCUACCCCCAAAACUUAUCUUUGUAUCCAAUAUCGUGGACCAUGACAUGGACAUCGUCCAUGACAUUCCUUCUGCGAUGGUUCCUCUUCCCAGCUGGUAUUGAUUGACCUUUAGGGCAACUGAGCUAAAGAACUUGAGAAGGCAUUGGGGAUAAGGUAGGCCUUUGAGUCAACCCUGGCAAGUAUUAAUUAUUAAGCCAGAAAUUUGGAGGUCCAACCGCCUAUGGAAGCGAGUCAUCAACUCCCAAGUGCUACUUAACUUUCUACAUUGCCAUCCAGAAAAGAUCCAUUUUGUUAAAUCCAAAGAGGAGCCUAGCAGCGUGGAACAAAUGCGAAGAGGAAACCAUUCCUCUUAAUUUCGCUGGAAUGUUGAGUUUAGAGUCAAGACACUAGAAGUCUUUAGAUUUAAGACCCUAGUAUUGAAUCUUGAGUGGAAAUACUUCAAGUUGGGUCUUCGUUGGGUUUCUGAUCGAAGUUUUUGGAAUCUUGGAAUCUUGAAAUUUCAGGACCGGCGGUCCUUGGAUCGCCUCUUCUUUUUCUUCUUAAGCUUGCUUUUUCCCCUCCCUUUCUUUCUUUCUUUCUUUCAUCCCCCUCUCAGCACUUAAACAAGGCGACAAAAAGUCUGUGUACAGCACGAGUAUUGUACAAAAAAAAAAAAUGGGGGGAAAAAGGAAAGCCCCCCCCCAUUUCUUUUCAUUGUUUCACCCCUUUUUCGACAAAAUUAGCCGUGUAGAAAGUGUUCCAUAGAUAGGAUUUUGAUGUCCCUUCCUCCCUUCUCCUUCCUUUCCCUUUCUCUUCCUCCCAAGAUGGUGACAAUAAUAACGAAAGAAAAAAAAAUCAAAUAAUUCUCAAAACUUCAGGGACUGUUCAAGACUCACUUAAAGGGUCUGGACACUCGACUGCAUUUAUACGACAUAGUAUUGUAUCAAGCAUUUUCUGUAUUUUAAUGAGAAAAGAAAAAAGCAAAAACACUAGUUUCAUAUUUAAGAUUUUAAGAAUUCUAGGGUUGGGUGGGAAGGAAAAUACACUUGGUUCCGGUUUUUGGUUUCUCCUUUCUCUUCGUUCCCUUUUUUUUUUUGCUUUAUUUUAUUUUAAUUUGCUACUUUUUUUUUUUUUUGAGAUACAGAAAAGAGCCUUCUGAGGUUGUUGGUUCUUUUUUUUAAAAAAAAAAGUAAAAUCACAGAGGCCCAACAGCUUAACUCUUAUGCUUUAAUCCGUUUAGAUCACCAGAAUGUUUUCAGAGUUCCCGGAGUGGAUGAUAAAAAAAAAUAAUAACAGAAAAAGUUGCAUUAAAAGAUAGCUCAUACCCAAAUUCACACACACACACACACACACACACAAAAUUCCUAUUUUUAAACCAAAGCACAUUUUGAAUGACUAUGGAACCUCACUUGGCUCGGAAAAAAAAAUUAAUAUAUUUAUCUCAUUGUUUACAUAAACUUUUACAGUUACAGACCUCAACAGAUCUAGGGGCCAGUCAAAAUUAAUGAUUGCUUUUUCCAUCGGUUUAGCUGACAAAAAAGAGUUGCGGGUAAACGGUGUAUAGGAUGUGCUGUUGUGUAAAGGAAUGGAAAAAAACAACACACCACAACCACCCAACCUCAACAGUUCAAUUAGAACUGAUUUGUAUUCCAGGAUUUUUUAACGUGGUUUAGGGUGUAGGAAAACAAGCCAUUAAUGAUCUCCAGAAGGACUUUGAGUUCCAUCAGUCCUUGCCAGGGGCCAGUAGACCAGCAGUUGGAGGGUAGUUCUUCCAUCAGAGGAUCUUCUUGGACACCGUAGGACCACACGUAGGGCGAGAAUGAAGUUCUGUUUGUUCAAAAAAACCAAAAAAACCAUGGUCACAGAAAGCCGUGACAAACUUUCCAUCGCAAGUUGCAUAUGGUGCUGGACCACGACAAGAUCUCAAAUCAGAUUGAGAAUGUUUCCUCUGCGAGGGACAGCGGAAAUUGUCCACCCGUGAUAGAACCACCCAACAGUCAAUCUCUGUUGGAGAAGAAACUAGCAUUUAAUGUUAAGUCAGGUGUACUGGGGUGCUGGUCGUCUGUCGACAUUCUUGGAAGGAUUGUCCCAAAGUAUGUGUUUAACCCAGUUUUAACUCCACUCAAAAGAAUGGUCCAGUCAAUAGCUUUGAUCUUGGGCUUGAAGUCUUAAGGAGUUGCACUGAGGUUUCUUCUCCGUGCUCAAAUGUCCUUCGGUGAUGACUUUGCUAAGUAAGUGGACAUCAGGCUAGGAAGUUUCAAUCCCAAAGGACCUUUGGUCAUCCAGUUGUCGCUAUAUUGCAGCACACUUAACAUUUGGCAACAUCUGGAGAUGUCUUUUGUUUCUUCCAGAAUUAUGUGUUCUCUCUACUUCUGGAUUAGAUGUUCUCUCCAGCUUCAGGAUUGGUGGUUCUAGCCCCAAAAAUACGUUUUUAAGUUAGAUGGAUGGUUGUUUCUUUUGGAGGGGGAUGCCGGCGGAUUUGAGAGUCUUCUCCAAUGGUGGCCUUCAGAUGAGGAGAUCCAAUUUAACUCUGGUUUGCAAUCUGGUGCGCUUCCAGGAGAGGGGAAAGUGUUUUCAUGUCGCACGAGGACCUAGUAAACAAGUCUUGAUACACAACAGAUCUGAUCUUAGAACCGUGAGAGACCGUUUUCCUCACCAAUUGUUGUUUUUUUCCCCCUCGUUUGUCAUGUCUUAACUUUCCUGCUCCAGUGAGUUGGCCAGAUUGUGAUCUAGAUUUGAGGGGAUCUUAGCCUGGAAAAUUCCAGAAAUGUACCUUCAAAAAAUUGAGAGGAUCUUAACCUGGAAGGUUCCAGAAACGCACCUUCAAAAGAUUGAGGGGGCCUGGAACGUUCCAGAAACGCACCUUCAAAAUAUUAUUUUCUGUAAAGAAAAAAAAUAAUUCUCUUUAAUAUUUCUACUUUUUUUUUUAGUUAAAGAAAAAUCACACUUUAUCGGUUCUUCGUUGAAUGCUGUUUUUUCCUCUGCUGUUUGUUUGUUUUUUCCCCCAAAGCAAACGCAUUAAAAAAAAUUGCCUGAAAUAUUUAGGAUGCAAAGAGGUAAAGAACAAGGCUGAUGGAAAACAAAAGUUAUUAAUUUUGCCUGGUCUUGAAUAUCUAACUAACAAAGAUGGUGCAAAACACUAUUUGACAGUGUUGUUUUUUUGUUUUUUUGUUUUGUAUCAAUAUUGUACGUACUUUAUUGAAUGUAUUUAUUUCUCAAAAUUCUGUAUGCACAGUUUUGCAAGGAGAAAAAAUAAUAAUAAAUAAAACCUCAGCAUUUGCAAAAAGACAAACGAUGCAUUCAGCAGGGUCUUCGCUACAGGAUUUCCAAAAAAAAAAAAAGAGUUUUAAAAAGUUUUAAAACUUAAAAAAAAAAUAGAAACGAGAAAAAAUAAAAAUAAACUCAGAGACACUCUUGGCAUAGCCAUAAAUCCAUAACCUGUGAAGACAAUACAAACCGUGGAUUUUUGUAGCUCUUUUAUUAUUUUUUUUCCUUUCCACAAAAGACAAAAAAUAUUGUUUUUUCGCUUAUAUUUAAGAUAUUUCCAGUUAUAGCAACGUCACUCUUAAUACAAUUUCCUUCCUUGUUAUUGUUUUUUUUUUUUUUACAUUUUCUCUCGUUUUGUUUGUAUGCGUGAGGGUGUGUACGUGCAUGAGUAAACCAAUGUGUAACGCGCUUUUUUAUUUUUCUUUUGAGCGGUGCAGGUCAAUUCUAGGUUAACAGUAUUUUUCAAAAAAAAAAGAAAAAAGAUUCUGCCGUGUCACUUCUGUUCUAAAUAUUAAAAGCAAAACAAAACAAAAAAAAGGAAAAAAAAUAAAAUAAAAAGGAACUUCAGCUCCUAAAAGGAAACAUUUGGGGUCAUUUGGUGCAGAAAGCAAAAAAGAGAGAGAGAGAGAGAAACGGGUUGUUAUUGUUAUUAAUAUUAUUUUUCCAUGCAGUUGACACCGACCUAGUUUGGAGAAAGGGAGCUUACACAAUUCUAGGAAAAAAGCGGUAUCAAGACUUUCCAGAGGUUUGGCAAAUAAAACCUCCCCCAGAGAACAUUUCUGCUCUCCACUUUUGGUCAUCUGAAUGACCUUUCUAAUGUUUACAAUGCAAGCAAUAAUAAGCCGUUUUUUUAAAAAAAUUGAUUUUGAUUUGAUUUGUUUUAAAGGGGGGGGGCUUGUAAGAGUCCCAGGCACGGGAGGCCAAAAAGCUUUACGCUCCCGGCUUGCAAGAACCAAGAUAGAACGGUGGCCCUUCAAGCUGUCAUUUUGUGUCCAUCCACAUGCUCAAACCGUAAACGUAUCCCAAGGUGCGGGUCUUCCCAAGCACUGAGAAAGCUCCAAAUCCUCUUUGGGAACACUUGGAUGUAAAUUUUGGGGAGCCUUGGAGAAUUCUGGAAGUUGCCCUCGCAGGCCGAACCGGAAAGUCCUCGGAUAUUGGUAGCUAAUAAAACAUUUCGCCUUCUGAUGCCUUGCCAACUUGCUAAGCUGGAGUUGAGGUGGACCAUUUCUUAGCCCUAAUUAAACCUAAUUAGGGUUUAAGGCUAGCCUUCAAAGACAGUCUGUGUAGCAUAGAGACGUCGGAUAAGUUUGGGACAUCCGGUGAAACUCAACCAUGGAAGACACCGGUAGCAAGAAAUACUCUUCUUUAUAUUAUUAACUUUCGGUAUUCCCUGGUGGGUUAUAAUGGCUAUGUUUUGGGUGUCAUUGAAUGAAGCGGAGUGCUAGUAAGAUCCAGUUUUGAGAGAGGUGGGGGGAGACCAUGAGAUAUGUUGUUAUUUUAGGGUCUUUGAAGAAGUCGAUGGCAACUCGCUUCUGUCGUGCUUUUUAUCCCCAUUCCAGCCCCAGGAGUGAAGCUUAAGUAAAAUAAAACUGGACCAUUUUAGAGGACAUGGAUUACAAUAUGAACCAGAUAGACCAGUCUUGGCAAGCCUUUUCAGCGCCAAGUGCCAAAAUGGGAGUGCGUGCGUGGGGAGGGGGGGAGAGCACCGGAAAUUUGAACAGCAGCUCCCUGGUGUCCACACGCGGGAGAACCAGAAGAGCAGUUCCCUGGCGCGCGCACCGGGAGGCUCAGUUUCCGAUGUGCACUGGUCACCUGGUCUUCCGGUUUUCUGAUGCAUGUGCAAGGACCACCUGGCGUGUACGCACUGGAACCCGGUAGGGCGAUGACUGGUGUGCCCAGAGAGGUGGCUUUGUGUGCCACUUUCGGCACGCGUGCCAGGCGUUCGCCAUCACGGAUAUAAGACACUUGAGAUAUGCAUUGAUGGGAGUGCGCCUUCCCUCCUUCUCUCAACUCCCAGGGCAGCGAAUUGGGAGCAAGGAUAUGUAGAUUAACACACACACAAAUUAUCCUGAUCUCUUCUGGUUUGAAAUCCUGCCAGCCUCCGCGCAGAGUUCUAAACGCUGAGGAUUUGGUGAAAGAAAAAACACUCCAUUUGAAAGGAUGAAGUAAGUGUCCCUUAGUACUCGGUCCUUAAGCUUACCGGUGACCGCAUACACAUUAUUAAAAAAACCCUUGCAGACACAAAACGCACACACCAGGAAGAGGAAGGACAGCAGAAGCUCCCUUCCAUUUUUCAUUUCUUUGGGCCAAUUUUCACUCAUGCACUAUAUUAACUCGUUGCAAAGACAUUCAAACGCAUAGAUGUGCAGCCGCCGGCCAAUUUUUUUUUUUUUUUUUGGAAAUCCAUUUUUCCUAAAUAAGCUGCUUUAUCUCACUUCCCCCCCCCCCAUCUGGAAAAUGUCCAAGCCAAUUCCUUCUCGGAAGACAAAGCGGUACCUAGGAUGCAAUUUGUGUGCAAUCAUUAAAUUUCAGUUUUUUUGUGCAGUGUUCAUAUGAUCCAGAGGUUUUUUUUGGGGGGGGGGGAAUUCUUUUUCUACCUCAUUUAUACCUCUCAAAGAAUAUUGGAAGGAAGAAGAUUCUUCUUUUGGCAAAUUGUUCCACUUUGUACUCGCAUUCCUCAUUCCAAUUUCUUUCCCUCAAAUACACACAAACAUUGAACAUGUGGCAUUAACAUGUUGGCAGCUGGAGGUUAUUGCCACCGGGAACAGAUAAAAUGGAUCCAAGAAUUUUUGUUUAUUUUCCUUUUUGUUGAGUUGAGUCCUACUAGGCAAAUUGUUCUUAGGUUUUGCUUUUACCAACCAGUUUUCUGUCUAUGGCAUGGAUGUUGCGUUUUUUGAAGCUCAUGGAAUUGAUGGCGAGUCAGUUUCACUCAUGGCGAGUCAAUGUCACCAAUUUGAUUUGGAAAUUGGAAAAGGAAAAAAUUUGCCAGUGUUGAGUGAGGAGGUUUGCUUAAUUCUCAACGUCAACUGGAGAAAGGGGCAUCUAUUGUUCCCCUGCUGCCUCCUUGACCCUUAAUUUCUCUCUCUCUCUCACACACACACACAAACACACUUGCUUUCUGACCAUAAAGCCCCAAAUGUUUUUUGCAAAUGUAACUGACGUUCCUAUCCUAUCAAACUGUUCUUCUUUCCUUCAAAAGCUUGAAUUCAGGUUAAGAGUUGCAGGCUGCUGUGGCUGCAACUCGCGUGUCAUAUUGGGGGAAAAUAAAUAAUAAUAAUAAUAAUGCAGAAAUUAUAAUAUGAUCUCAGCAUUCAGUAAUUUGCAGUCUUAAUGUACAGUGAUGAAAAACUUGUUAUUUUAUGAACUUUUCAUUAAAAG